AAUAGUUGUGCACUCGCGGCGGGACUCGCGGAACAGAGACGCCACUUGCGUGUGAAGACACACGGAUCCAGUUUAAAAACAAAGAUUUAUAAAGUUAUAAAAACUCACUCAGAUACAGCGGACACGCGGAAAUAAAUGAUAGAAAAGUAGUUUUCCCAUCAAGGAUAAGCGACUUUACACACUUUGGGAGCUGGUGUUUUGGAGUCGCGCGCGUGUUACGAGUGUGUUUUUGUUUAGAUGUGUGUGUGAGAGUGAAAGUGUGUUUUGUGACUUUUCCUCCGAGAUGAAGAUCGAGUUUGCUCCUCUGAAUGUUCCUCUGCGCAGGCGUCUGCAGACAGUUGCAGUGGUCCAGUGGGUCUUCUGCUUUCUGGCUCUGGCUCAGGUCUGUCUGGUGGCGUUUGUGCUCUUGUGCAUCAGUGAUUGGUGGAUUCUGGGAGUGCUUUAUGCUGGUUGGAUGUACCUGGACAGGGACACUCCCAUAUGUGGAGGUCGGAGGUCAUUGUGGGUUAGGAGUUGGCGUGUCUGGACGUACUUCAAAGAAUAUUUUCCCAUCACAUUGAUAAAAACAGUGGAUUUGGAUCCUGCUCAUAAUUACCUGUUCGGGUUUCAUCCGCACGGCGUUCUGGUGGCAGGUGGAUUUGGGAAUUUCUGUACGGAAGUGUCAGGAUUCUCGCAGAUGUUCCCUGGACUGACGCCGUACCUGCUGAUGCUUCCCUUCUGGUUCAGAGUUCCGUUCUUCAGAGACUACAUCAUGUGCGGAGGUUUGGUGUCGAGUGAGAAGGCCAGUGCGGUUUACCUGCUGAGUCGUCCAGGUGGAGGUCAUGUCGCCGUGCUCGCGGUGGGCGGAGCUCCAGAAUCUCUUGACGCGCGACCAGGAGCGCUAACACUACAGCUAGCACAGCGGAAAGGAUUCAUUAAACUCGCCCUCAAACACGGGGCGUGGCUGGUUCCCGUCUUCUCUUUUGGGGAGAACGAGCUCUUCGACCAGAUGGAGAAUCCCAUUGGCUCCACCCUCCGCACUGUUCAGGAACACCUCCAGAGGAUUAUGGGCGUGGCCUUGCCUCUCUUUCACGCCAGAGGAGUUUUUCAGUACAGUUUUGGGCUGCUGCCAUACAGGAAACCCAUUCACACCGUGGUUGGACGGCCCAUUCCUGUAACUCGGACGCCGUGUCCCAGUAAAGACGAUAUUGAUGCACUUCACUCUCUAUAUAUGAAGGGUCUGAUAGAGCUGUUUGAGGAAAAUAAAAAAAACUACGGCAUCCCAGAAGACAAACAUCUCAACUUUAUUUGAACUCUCAUCUGUUUGUGUGUUUCCUGAUACUACUGAAUACUUGGUACAGUGAAUAUAUGCCAUGGAGAGCUUAACUUGAUAAACGAAUGGUUCAAUUGAUUUGUGAUAUAAAGUGUAAACACUAAAUGAACAACCGUCAUACCUGAUAUUGAUCCACAGUUAUUAUCUGAACCAAUUAGGAUCUGGCCAAAAUGAUUUUAGUGCCUUUAUUAGCACAAAUGUGUAUUUUAUUGCUACUUUUACUACAUAACAAGGUAUCACGUAAUCAGUUUAUGCAUACUAAUAGCAAUAUUGUGGAGAAAUUAUAAUCAGUAGGGUAAGUGGAUUUCUAAAGAUUUUUGUUUGUUUUGAUUUUAUCCAGGAAUGUAAAAUAAUCAGGGCUUUUAUCCACUCUGGUGUACGAAAAUAGGAAAAUAAAUAAAUUGGU